CGCCGAGGGCAGCCGGGGCGGGGCGGCGGCGCCCAGCGGGAGGGCGCGCGGGCGGCCCGGCCCCGCCCCGGUGACCUUCACGGCCCGGGCGGCGGCGGCGGCGGCGGCGGCGGCGCGAUGUUCGUGCAGGAGGAGAAGAUCUUCGCGGGCAGGGCGCUGCGGCUGCACAUCUGCGCUUCCGACGGCGCCGAGUGGCUGGAGGAGGCGACGGAGGACACGUCGGUGGAGCAGCUCAAGGAGCGCUGCCUCGAGCACUGUGCCCAGGGGAGCUUAGAAGACCCCAAAAGUGUGACCCACCACAAAUUGAUCCACGCUGCUUCGGAGAGGGUGCUGAGUGAUGCCAAAACAAUCUUGGAAGAGAACAUCCAAGACCAAGAUGUCUUACUGUUGAUAAAGAAGCGUGCUCCCACUCCACUUCCUAAGAUGGCUGACGUCUCGGCCGAAGAAAAGAAAAAACAAGACCAGAAAGCCCCAGAUAGAGAUGCUAUCUUCCGAGCAACUGCCAACUUGCCGUCCCACAACAUGGACCGGGCCGAGGUUCAGACCAACGUCAGAGACUUCCAGACAGAACUCCGGAAAAUCCUGGUGUCUCUCAUCGAGGUGGCACAAAAGUUGUUAGCGCUGAACCCGGAUGCAGUUGAACUGUUUAAGAAGGCGAAUGCGAUGCUGGACGAGGAGGAGGAUGAGAGAGUGGACGAGGCUGCCCUGCGGCAGCUCACGGAGAUGGGCUUCCCGGAGAGCAGGGCCGCGAAGGCCCUUCGGCUGAACCACAUGUCGGUACCUCAGGCCAUGGAGUGGUUAAUCGAGCAUGCGGAAGACCCGACCAUUGACACGCCUCUUCCGGGCCAGGCCUCACCAGAAGGGGCGCAGGCCGAGGCCGCCCCUGAGGUUGCCCCUGAGGCUGCUGGGACUAGCACGGGAGAUGAGGAGCCCAGAGAUGAGCUCACGGAGAUCUUCAAGAAGAUCCGGAGGAAAAGGGAGUUUCGGGCUGACGCUCGGGCCGUCAUUUCCCUGAUGGAGAUGGGCUUCGACGAGAAGGAAGUGAUAGAUGCCCUCAGAGUGAACAACAACCAGCAGAACGCCGCCUGCGAGUGGCUGCUGGGAGACCGGAAGCCAUCCCCCGAGGAGCUGGACAAGGGCAUCGACCCCGACAGCCCUCUCUUCCAAGCCAUUCUGGAUAACCCGGUGGUGCAGCUGGGCCUGACCAACCCGAAAACGUUACUAGGACAGCGACUGCCAGGUUCCUGGCUGCGAGUGCGGAGGAGCUGCCUCAGCCGGCCUCGCUCUGUCUUCCCCACAGCAUUUGAAGACAUGCUGGAAAACCCCCUGAACAGCACCCAGUGGAUGAACGACCCGGAGACCGGGCCAGUCAUGCUGCAGAUCUCCAGGAUCUUCCAGACCCUGAACCGCACGUAGGCGACGCGGCCGCCCGGCUGUUCUGCCCCAGCGCCCGUCCCAGAGCUGGGGGCGGCUCCAGCCCAGGCCCUCUUCCUAGCCCCAGCCAGUCGCAGAAGAGCCUGGAGACCCCUGGGUGCCGCGGGCUGCGGGGGAGGGGGUGGGGCUGGAGGGGCCUCCCUGGAGCCCGCCGUCCGCGCCCGCCCUGGGCCGUCAGGGCGCGGGCUCCUCUCACGCUUUGAUCUUGCGCUUGACGACUUGUGUGAUGGCAGUGUGCACGGCUGCGUCCAGCCUCUGACAGCGUUUACAGACGCGGUGGCUGCUCUGGGAGGGGUCGCCUCCCCCACAGGGUCCCUCUGGGCUCUGGAAACGCUCCUUGACCCGACCCGUAGGCGCUGCUUGCUCCCUGGAGGAAGGCAUGUUUCAACCCAAAGUGUUAACGUCAGUACUAACAAGUAGAGGAAUUCACAGGUGAUUUUUCUUUAAUAAAUAAAUGCCCUUUUUCCUAC